AUGACAGAUAUAUUUGAAAACCAAUCAUCUCCUGAUUCUGCAAAUUAUGCAUCAAGCAGUGGCCUAUCUGUGGACGAUAAGGAGAUUGAAUAUAGAGCUGCAACAUCAAAACAUAUACAUCUUUUGGCCAAUAAAUCUGCUUUCCACUUCUUGUCCAUCAAAAUUGACUUGAAUUUCGCUCGCAUGGUGAUGGCAGAGGUGGUGGGUACUUUUAUUUUGAUGUUCUGUGUAUGUGGAAUCAGUGCAAGCACACAAUUCCAAAAUGGUGCAGUGGGCCUUCUGGAGUAUGCAGCUACAGCAGGGUUAACAGUGGUGGUGAUAAUUUUCUCUAUAGGGCCAAUAUCUUGUGCGCACGUUAACCCAGCUGUCACAAUAGCCUUUGCUACAAUGGGUCAAUUUCCAUGGUUCAAGGUUCCAGUUUACAUAAUAGCACAGACAGUAGGUUCUAUGUCGGCAACAUACAUAGGUAGCCUUGUAUACGGCAUAAAAUCAGAUGCUAUCAUGACCAUGCCACUUCAUGGGUGCAACUCUGCCUUCUGGGUGGAGCUUAUUGCAACUUUCAUCAUCAUGUUCCUUAUUGCAGCUUUGACAUCUGAAUCUCAAUCAGUGGGCCAUUUAUCUGGCUUUGUUGCUGGUAUAGCAAUUGGGCUUGCUGUGCUAAUCACAGGCCCUGUCUCAGGUGGGUCAAUGAAUCCUGCAAGAUCAUUAGGUCCAGCAAUUGUCUCAUGGAAGUUUAAGAACAUAUGGAUAUACUUGGUAGCCCCCAGUGGUGGAGCUGUGGCAGGAGCUGCAAUGUUUCGUUUCCUACGCCUUCGAGACCAAUAUUCUACUACUUUGUCCUCCCCAAACAUCAGCGAUGUUGGUCGUCCCAAACGCUUUUGCUCAAGGAGAAGUGAGCCCUUGAUUUUGCUGGUACAGAAAAAUUGGAGUUUGUUCUCUGAAAGAUUAGAAGUGUUCAGACAGAGAUAUGUCUUAGGAACAAAAGUAUCAGAUGGUGUCUAUCGUAAACUGCCACUGUAG